CCGCUGCUCCCUUGCAACAAGGGCCAGAGUCUCCUUCAACGACCGCCGUUCCGUCAUCGCGUUCAAUGGGUCGAGGUCCUCCCUCUGCUUCACCAUGGCCGACCUCAACUUGACAGCGGCCAUCGAGGCUAACCUCCUCGCUGCCCUGAGCAAGCAUACCGAAGAGGCUAAGAGCCCGGCUCCAGCUCCGACUCCCGCUCCGGGUCCAGCUCCCGUUCCCACGCCGACACCAGCGUCGAUACCGACCCAGGAUGUUGCUCCUCCUCCUCAACCAGUGCAGCAACAACCACAAUCACAGCAGCCACCGCUGAACCACUCCGUACAGGCGUCUCAAGGACCCCCAAGUCAGACAAUCCAGCCGCCCCAGCAGCACUUGUCACAAGCGUCCUCUCUCAGCCAUGCUCUUCAGCAGGCUCUACAAAGCUCGAAUCCCCCGUCUUAUCAGACGCCCUCUACCCACCAGCCUCAACCCCCCUCGACGACCGCUGCGCCGAUCUCUCAACCACUUGUACAAGCCCCGCCGCCCCAGCCGAACCCUCAUGCAGCUUCCAACGUGCCUCCCCAGGCGUCUCCCGUCCUGGCAGAACCUUCGAAAAAACGGUCUCGUAGCCCCGAUCCCGAACAAGACUCGAAUGGUAAACGCCCCAAGCUUGAACACGUUGGUGAGAUGGACCAGGACAUACCGUAUGAUAUCAAGGUAGCCCUCGCAACUGCGCUUGGCGAUUUCGAGAAACAACACGGCCAAGUAGGCAACGAUAGCUCGCUCGAAAACCCAUCCGGGUCCAGCUCAGCCCCUCCUCCGGCACCCGCCAUCUCUCUGUCUGCUACAGCUACACCGAUGCCCGAGAAAGGAGGAGAUAAGCUUAUGAAGGCAUCAUCGAACUCGACUUAUAUGAUCCGUUCAAUGAGUCUUCCGGUUCUCGGAAACCUGGCUGUUCAGAUUCUGCUCCGAUUAUCGCAACAACCACGAAACGAAACAUUAUCACUUCUUUCCGAAACCGAUGCCGAGUUUCGAAAACACUAUGACUUGUUGACAGAGUCGUUCAAGUUAGCCAGAAGGGGUUUCUCCGACAGUCCUGUGCUUCUCCCAGACGAACUAGAGAUCAACGAUUCAGAGGACCGCGAGACGAUUCGGGUUGCAAACCUAGCUACGACGGCCAUCAGUGUAUUCGGUGCAAAUGAUGUUGCUUGCAAGGAUUUGGACGACUCUUUCUUCUCCAUCUUCGUACCAGAAGAUGGCGAGUUUAAAGAUACUUUGACCGACCUGCUCCUUAGCCUCAAAACGCAGGCCUUGCUGGAUUCCUUGGAUGAGCAUGCGACUCCCCAGCAGGUUACAGAACAACUCGAAAAGUUCUUCCCCGAUAACUUCGAAGACUGGCUCAAGCAACGCAAUCUUGAGGUCGUUACAGACACUGAUGCGGACCAACUUGCCGUGAAGGUCAAGGAACGCAGGGAGCUGUUGUCCACAGUCGCCAACAAUGAACAGCCCAAAAAAUCUCUGGAGAGCAAGUACCCAUCCGAUACUUUUCCCGAGACUCUCUGUGCCUUUUUGCAAAGCCACAUUGGGGUCGUCGUUGAAUACGCCGAAGAAUAUGGGGUCAAGAUUCCAAUCAGUGAGGAGCCGAUUGUAUCGGACCCAGUUCAAAACGGCAACAACGUUCAGGACGAACACGCCGACUUGGCCGCCCUUUUGCAGUCCAAGAUUGUCGAGAACGGCGAGCUUAAAGACUUCCAUACGGGAAACCUCAACAAUGAGGCGUCCGUAUCGGCUGACGACAAUUUCGAUCUAAGUAAACUUAUCGAGCAAUCUCUCCCCGACCAUAUCAAUGGAAUGAAAGACGGGCUUCUGGAGCAAAAUGGGCAGGGUGAAUCAAGCGGGCUUUUUGACACAAAGGAUCUGGCAUCCCUCAUUGCUGAAAAGCUAAACGAUAAUCUUGAGACACCGGUUCACGGGAUCCCAAAUGUGCCACAGAACUCCUAUGAAGAUACCAUGCGGGAGAACCAAGGCCAAGUACACCCCCAAUAUCAUAACCUCAAUCAGCUACAAACACCGACCUACCAUCAGUAUCCUCAAACAUCAUCUUCUAAUAUCGGAAUGGGGACAACGGGGGAAACGCUACCGCCUAACCAGUCCUGCCCCACCUCGGUUCUAUACGAGAAGGCAAGGCAGGCCGCUGUCGCCAAGUCCUCGAGCACGACUCGCAGGGAGGGACUGCAUUCGACUCGCCGACCAUGGACCCCCGACGAGGAAAAGGCUCUCAUGAUGGGUCUCGACAUGGUGAAGGGUCCUCAUUGGAGUCAGAUUCUUUCACUCUUCGGGGCUCAUGGGUCCGUUUCGGACAUUCUCAAGGAUCGCACGCAGGUCCAGCUCAAAGAUAAAGCAAGGAACCUCAAACUGUUCUUUCUGAAGACAAACUCAGAGAUGCCCUACUAUUUACAAAGUGUGACGGGUGAGCUCAAGACUCGGGCGCCCGGACAGGCUGCUCGCAAGGAGGCGGAGGAAAAGGCACGCCUGAAUGCGGAGGAUGAACAAGCACGGUUGGCAGGUAUCAUGACACUGGGUGGUCUGCAUAAUAACCACCAUCAAGUUGCCGGCAGUCCGAUUGCGCCCUCUCCUGCUCGUCCUCACACCGCAACUCCUGGACCAGGGACUGGUCAUUUGAAUGGGACGCCCACGCCCACGCCCACGCAAGUACCGACAAACCAGCCUGCGGCUCUUGCCCCUGUCCCGAUCUCGCCAAUGGUCAAGAGUGAGCCCGUGGACCACUCAACGCAUCAGGUCAGCAACCUGCCCCAGAUUCAGCCCGCCCCGGCUCCUCAGUCGUUGCAGCCGGCGUUGAAGCCUCAGCCGCAACCUCAGCCGCUACACCAGCAACAGUCACAGCAAUACCUACAACAACACCCUCAAACAAACGCUCAACAACACCCACAACAACACUCACAGCAACACCCGCAACCUCUACAACCACUUCGACCUCAACAGCAACCUCAACAGCUACCCCAAUCCCAAAUGCGCUCUCAAACUCCCCAGACGCUGGCGCCAGCUCCAGCGCAACAAUAUCAAAAACAACAACAACAACAUCAUCAUCAUCAGCCGCAAGGGCAACAGCAGCACCAACAGCUGCACCAGCAGCAGCAAUCACAACAACAUUUACAGCAACACCAACAGCCGCAGGCGCAACCGCAGCCACAGGUACAGGCACAGCCACAACAGCAGCAACAGCAACAGCAGCACCAUGUGGCUACGACUCCAGUAUCAACACCAACUACGACGACGGCAACACCAGCAACAGCAGCUGCUCAACCCCAUGUCAGUGUUGCCGCGACAGAGUCAGCACCGGCAAGUUCGACGUUAAGCAAUCAAGCCACACCGAGCUUUGGACUCCCACCCAUACCUCCGAACCACCACUCAACACCGGAUCAAGCUCAAGACGUCAAGUUGUUUGAGACACUCCAGGCUGCAAUUGGUGCAACUUCACCUGCUCACGAGAGCCAUCCAGCUGCGACUGUGUCAGAAACAUCUGCUGGGUAGAAUCCAGACCCUGGGAGUGGUGAGGACGUGGAGAAUGGUAUAAUUGAGUUGGGGAAGCGUUUGACGGCAGCGGCCUUGUGAACUACAGGUGCAUGAUGGAUGUGAGUACAUGCGGGCUUGAGGAGAUUUUUUUUCUUUCUUGGCACGAAAUUGCAAUGAUUAAGGGAUUGUCAUGAUCACCAUUUUUAGGCGUUUAGGUUUACAAUAUGGGUGGCAGGAAGAGAGUGUUGGGCGUUUUUCAGACAUGCUUCGAAUUCUCAGGGGCGUUAGGCCACUGGUGGUUAUACCAAAGAGACGGUGAUACCAAAUAUGGGUUAGACAGUGCUGUCUUUUACCUUUUAUAGCGGAGGUUUUUAUUCUGAUAGCGAAACAUUAAGAAGGGCUUUCAAUCACCUG